AGGCAGCCGGGGAGCUGGCAGCUGGAGACAAAGCCAGGCCUGGGGGCAGGCCGCGAAAGGCAGCUGAAGCCAAAGCCAGGCCUGGGGGCAGGCCGCAAAAGGCAACCGCAGAGGUGACAGCCAUGAACCCGAGAGGAGAAGAGGCGGCUCUGCCCAGUCUGGACACUCUGCCAAUGAUGAGGAAGGUACAGCUGGACAGUGGCUCUGCAGAACCUCUAGAGGGCGCGGUGGGCUCUCCAACGCCCUCACACAGCGAGGGGCUUGCAGGUGAGACCUCGUGGAUCUCUGACCUGUCUAUUGAGCUGAGUCUGCAGGAGGAUCCCAGCCCCCUGAAAUCCUCCCUGUUGCAGGAUGAAGGUGACGAGCAGGAGGAUGAGGAGCUGCCCAGCUUUCUGCUGCAGACAGAUAAAAAACCGAGUGCCAUCAAAGAGGGAAACUGUGUCUGGUGCAAAUACAGAUCUUAUCCCUACUGGCCAGCAGUAGUAAGUGCAGCAUAACUGUUUGUCCUUCACCCGUCUAUCCUCUACCCGCUUAUCCCGGUCAGGAGAAGAGCUGCAUGUCUGUCUGUCCAUCCUACAGCCAUCCAUCCCCUAGCCGCUUAUCCUGGUCAGGAGAAGUGCUGCAUGUCUGUCUGUCCAUC